AUGGCUGCAUUACUUGAUAUGAAGUUUCUAAUUCUGUUUUUGUCGAUUCUUGGAAUAUGGGCGUCUCAAACUACAGCGCGUACUCUUGCUGAUGCAUCCAUGAUGCAAAUGUAUGAGCGAUGGAUGAUUCAAUAUGGACGUGUAUACAGAACCAACGCUGAUAAACAGAGACGUUUCAAGAUAUUCAAGGAGAAUGCAGAGCGUAUCGAAGCUUUCAAUGAUGCAGGAAACCAGCCUUACAAGUUGGGAAUCAAUGCAUUUGCAGAUUUGACUAAUGAAGAAUUUAGAGCUGCUCGAAAUGGAUUGAAGAUUCCAUUUUGUGAACCUAAAAUUACAUCAUUCAGAUAUGAAAAUGUGACUGCAGUUCCAACAACUAUGGAUUGGAGAGCUAAAGGUGCAGUCACACCUAUUAAGGAUCAAGGACAAUGUGGGAGUUGUUGGGCAUUUUCUGCAAUAGCAGCAACAGAGGGGAUUACUAAACUCUCAACAGGAAAGUUGAUCUCUCUAUCAGAACAAGAAUUGGUGGAUUGUGACAGAACGAAUGAAGAUCAAGGAUGUGAAGGUGGUUACAUGGAAGACGCGUUCGAAUUCAUAGUGAAAAACAAAGGCAUAACAUCUGAAAAAACUUAUCCAUACAAAGCUGCUGAUGGAAGUUGCAACAUGAAAAAGGAAUCUUCCCCUGCAGCAGAUAUCAAAGGCUACGAAAAAGUACCCAAAAACAACGAGAAAGCACUCCUCAACGCUGUGGCACAUCAGCCCGUUUCAGUGUCCAUCGAUGCUAGUGACUUCUCAUUCCAAUUCUACACGAGUGGAGUUUUUACAGGCGCGUGUGGAACUGAGUUAGACCAUGGUGUUACAGCAAUUGGAUACGGAAAAGCUGAAGAUGAGACCAAGUAUUGGUUGAUCAAGAACUCUUGGGGUACUAGUUGGGGCGAAAACGGAUACAUAAGGAUGGAAAGGGAGAUUGAUGCUAAAGAAGGACUAUGUGGAAUUGCCAUGGAUGCUUCUUAUCCAACUGCUUGA